AUGACUCAACAACUACAUCCGGGUAACUCUGGUGACCUUGGUUGGUUGAUCAUCAUGGCGGCUAUCGUCAGGUUGAGUUCUGUGUGUCGCAGAGGAGUCAAACCUCUGUUCUACCAAGGCACUUUGCUGGCCAGGCCGCUGGUUGUGCCACACAAGUACCAGGAGCAGCCCUACAUGCUGACAGCAAGGAUUCAUGCCUCACAGGCUCUGAACGCUGGCUCCGGCUCCAAAGCCGCCUCUCUGCACUGGACAGCAGAGCGAGUCCUGAGCGUCCUGCUGCUGGCCAUGGGACCCGUCGCCUAUUUUAACCCCAGUCCUGUCGUCGACUACUCCCUGGCUGCCGCCCUGACCCUGCACGGACACUGGGGUAUCGGGCAGGUGUUAACAGACUACGUUCACGGUGACGCAAAGAUCAAGAUGGCCAACGCAGGUCUCUUCCUCCUGUCCACGGUCACUUUCGCCGGCCUUUGCUACUUCAACUACAACGACGUGGGCAUCUGCAAAGCCAUUGCCCUGCUCUGGAGCAAAUGAAUAGAACUGGACUGGAAAUCUUAGGAGGACCUAGACACUGGGACGGGAGCAAUCCUGUCCUUGCUGAUUGUAAAAAGUCAAGGUGUUCUGUGUAAAUUCUUAUAAAUAUAUCAUUUUGACAAUAUUACAGUGAUUCACAAGUGUGUAAUUGUAAUUAACGUCAAUCAAUUCAGGCUCGUCUCGGUGUUAAGUUCUUGCUCGGUUCAGUUACAAUAAUGAUUUUGCAGCUGACGUCCAUAUUCUUUGAAUAUGUGAGAGAUUCAAUGUGGACUUUAUUUAAAAUACGUUCCUCUAUAGAUUUUGAUCCUAAGCAACGUGUCCAGCUAUUAAAAUGUCACCAUCAGUUCUACAAAUAAGAUCCAGUUUGUUCCUGUUAUGUUUCCUGGGGACUCAAGUCUGACAGGAUACUGCUGUGUGACAUCUUAUUUAUUUUUUUCCAUGUUCAGGUCGUUUUUGUGGCAGAUUUCUUAAACAUGUUUCGUUUUUGCUCUUAAACCCAUCAGGAAUAACAGUGCAGCACUACAGAUUGAAGCAGUGUUUGUAUGAGAGUUAACAUCAGCCUCCACACAAAUCCCUGCGUACAGAUCCUUCACACGGUCCACUGCAUGUGUCUUUUGUUACCACGGCCUCGUCGUGUCACUCAGCUCCAGUGCGCUCCUGUGUCUUGACUGACAGGAGCAAAUGCUGUAAGCAACAUAAAGUCAGAGGUUGCAUUGUGAAACGGUCAAGUGUGCAGGACUGUUUGUGCAGAGAGCAGCGGAGGCGUGUUUAAUCCAGGGAGAGAUCUGCUCUGCUGCUCCAUUCAAGGUUCAUGAAAGGUAAAGGAGGCUAGAUCUGAAGUGCAUCACAAAUUCAAGCCAUCCAGCAAUACUCUACCUGUGCGUCGGCACAAUGGCUAAUGAAGUCUAGCAGCGUACAAACUUGUCAUUUAACAGUGUCAAAAUCCACAGCAGGGUCUGAAGUGAACAGCUGCAAGAUGCCGUCCUCUGCCGAUAAAAAUCACUCCCACACAAGACAGUGACAGUGACGUGAAUACCUCUGCUGCAGAGUCAUGUUGUACUUUAUGUGUGAAUCAUAAACUCAUUCCACUGUGUCCGUGAGCAAACUGCAAAUUCAAAAAAAAAAUAUUCACAAAAAUAAAAUAUUAAAAAUGUGCAUUUAUUUUGUUAAUUUUUUUUUUUCAGUUUUUCUUCAGUUUACAACCUCUUGACAAAUAGGCCAAAACUUAAUUUCAGGCACUGUUCCUCAAUCAUUGUAAGGCUGUAUAAGAUUCAACAUGACUGAUUGGUUGACGUCAUCGUGUAAUCUUGGAAUAUUUCGUCACAGCGUAUAAUUGGUAUACACGCGUGCAGCUCCUUGCAUGCAGCUGUUAACACCAGCAUUUUUCUGUGUGCUGCUGGAGUGAACGUGCCAGGUUGAGUUCAUCACUGUGAAAAUCGCUUUGAGUCUGUUGAUGAGAGCUUACAAGUUUCUGAAUAUCUGUUCAAGUAAUGUCAUUUCACAUUAAACACACGACAUGAAAUGUGGCUAGAAAACUGCACUGUUCCUGCCUCAACAGAAUAAAGUUGUCUUUACAGAUGU